CAGCACAGAACCAACAAAUCCUGGCAGGCCCCUCUCCAGUGCCAACUGAUUUACAAACAUGGCAGCAGCAGCUGCCUCAAAUGAGCUCAUCCGUCCUUUUAUCUGGGCCAAUGAAAUCACCAUUUCCCCAAACUUCUGGUUUCCCAUUACCUGUAACGUGUUUCUCCAUAGGGGAGAAUCUAGAUCGCCUGCUGUUACAACAGCCAUCAUUCCACGAAGAUCAAAGCGUCCAGGUUUUACCUCCGCCGGUUGCCACUAAGUUUCCCCCCCCAUGCACGGAUGAGCUGCGGCUUCCAAGGUGUCUCUCUCCAUUAAAGCCCUCGCCCUGUGAGUCGCCAUCGGGUAACGCUUUGCCAUGGCUCAAAGGAAGCGCAUGCACGCUGCAGCUUCCUCUAAACAACAUCGCAGCUAGAGACGACGCACGUCAGAGUGGGGACAGGGAAUCUGAGCGCAUUAAGAUGAGGAAGACGGACGAGCAUGAUGAUGUAGAAGAUGCUCCGCCUCCUAAGAAAAGGAAAGGAAGGUGUCCAAAUUCUCAGAAAGAGCCUAAAGUUCCGGCUUUGGAUCUGAUCUCAUCCAGAGGCAGAAAUGCAGCUAAAAGUCUUCACUCAGUGUUUCUGUAUUGUCCUGCUGUACCGAUGAAGGAAAGAGAGAAGACGAACAGCUCUCUCUCUCCAGGCUCAGCGACGCUGGUCACAGCUCCUCGUGGUGCCAAAUCCAGAGGAGCCCCAAAUCUAGGCACAGAAAAUGCUCGGAUCAAAACACGGGGCUUUGUGAAGACGUGUGAACAAAACAGUAGCAGCACAGUGACAGAUAGGUGCUGCGUUUUAAUACCCUUAAUAAGCAGAGCAGUAAUGGUACCAAAACAAGACCCUCCUCCUAAGAGGGGGCGGGGAAGGCCUCGAAAAAUAAAACUCGAGAAGGAAACCACCGAUGCUGCUGGAGCUGAGAUCAGGGUCCAAAAGGAGGCCAGAGGAAAGGCGUCUGAGAAGCAAACGACAACGGAAGAGAGAAAAACAUGCAGGAGGUUGAUCAGCACUGUGGGUAACAGAGACACAGAGAAGCAGAGGAAAAGUGAUAAAUGUCCUGGAAAAACUGAAACUGACAACGUGGGAAGCAGCCAAACACUGAAACCAUCAUUGAUGAAAACUCUGAAAGAGUUGCGUAAAUGUAUUAAAUGGAAACCCUCCAAAACAAGGAAGGGGAAGGAAGCCCCAGGUGGAAAGGGAUCCAAAGCUGUAGAUUUAGAAAAGGCAAAGGUUAGGGAGGCAGAAGAUGGGUUCAAUAUGAGGGCAGAGAUGGAAAAGGACAGAGAAGCAAAGUUCCAACAUCAAACGCUUUAUGAUAACAAUCACAAUCUGCUUCCAAACACAUCAAAGGAUGAGUGUAAGCCAGCUGGACCGGACGGUUUAGAGACAUGGAGGAGCACGGCCACGUUGCCAGGCAACAGAGACCAGUCUGCUAGAAGCUCUCAUCAAGGGGAUUAUGGGAGCAGCACCCUCUCCUGCUUUGAUGAAGAGGAGAACGAAGAUGAUGAGGUGGAUGUCUUGCUUUACUCUCCCGAAAAAGGCUCUCCAACCACAGAGGUAGAAGAAAGAGUGGUCGUACUUCCAGACGAGGAUGAGGAGGAGGAGGAUGUGAUCGAAAUCGAUGUGACUGGAGAUGAAGAAUAGUAUUUCACCAUGUUCUUUAUUUUGUUAUAUCUGUUUAGCACUUUUAAUAUUUACAUAGUGUUCAUAUUUUUAUUUCAUUCGGUAAUGUCUGACAGACGCCUUUGAUUGGAUCAGAAUUUGGUUUCCAGACAGUUUUAGUUAAAUGUGUACAGUUAAUGUUAAAGGCUGUUAAUGUUUCCAUAUAAAAUUAGAAAAAUUCUCACUGUUCAGAUUUAUUAAAUAUAUUUUAGUAAUUUCUUUGAAGAUAAAUAUUUUAGUUGAAAGCAG